UCUCCGCAAUCACUGAACCGACAUUCUCUGGUGGUGAAGAAAUGCUAAAACGCGCAAUUCCUCUUCCCUCCGUUAUUGCACUUGAAUUUUUGUGAUCCUAAUCAAAGAAAACGACAUUGCUUCCUACCAGGAAACCUCUUCUCCGCGUCGCAUUUCCCAAUUAACUCUUUCACAACUCCUCAUUACAUUACACAUAUGCUGCAUUCGCCUAUUUCCCCCUCAUCCCAGAUCUGCUGAGCUAGCUUUUGCACUUUCUGGCUGGAACCCAUGGCGGAUUUGCAUCCCUCCAACGGCGUCGAGGUACAUAAUUCCGAUCCUGCCUCCAAUGGGAAUGCGAAGGGUUUCAAGAUUUUUGUAGGGUAUGAUCCUAGGGAAGACAUUGCUUAUGAGGUGUGCCGUUAUUCUUUGUUGAAGAGGGCUUCGAUCCCAAUUGAGAUCUCCCCAGUUAAGCAAUCUGAGCUGCGUGAAAAGGGGGUUUAUUGGCGUGAGAGGGGGAAAUUGGAGAGCACCGAGUUCUCGUUUUCGCGGUUCUUGACGCCUUAUCUAGCCAAUUAUGAGGGAUGGGCCAUGUUUAUGGAUUGUGAUUUCUUGUACUUGGAUGAUAUCAAGAAGCUAGUGGAGUUGAUUGAUGAUAAGUACGCGAUAAUGUGCGUGCAGCACGACUACACGCCUAAGGAGACCACGAAGAUGGAUGGUGCAGUGCAGACUGUGUAUCCUAGGAAGAAUUGGUCUUCAAUGGUAUUGUACAAUUGUGGUCACCCCAAGAAUAGGAGCUUAACCCCUGAGAUAGUGAAUAAUGAGACGGGGGCGUUUCUCCAUAGGUUUCAGUGGCUGGAGGAUGAUGAGAUUGGGGAGAUCCCGUUUGUGUGGAACUUCCUUGUAGGCCACAACAAGGUUGUUGAGGGCGAUGAGAGCACGUUGCCUAAGGCCAUACAUUACACGCUUGGUGGGCCGUGGUUUAAGGAGUGGAAGGAUUGUGAGUUUGGUGAUCUUUGGCUGAGUGAAUUGGAGGAGUACCAGACGGGCGCUGUGAGGAAGGGAGAUUAAGAGAGUGCAUAGACGAGUUUGUUCCUUUCGCCAUUGGGUUUGAUGACUUGAUCAUGUUUUGCUAGAUGAUUAUGUCAAGUGGUGGAGGUGAUGAUGUUUUGUAUUAUGUUGCUAUAUAGUUGCAUCUCCUUGUAGAUGUAUUCUUUCCCCUUUGUUUGUUGGUGGUAUAAAAUCUGAGAUUUCUUUAGAUCAAAGAGCAUUUUUUUUAUCUGAUGGUGAUUAGUACUUGGACAAUAAAAGAAGAGAAGAAGAGAGUGUAAAAGAUGCGUUUCGAGCACGAUAUUGGUCGUGUGAUGUUGUUUUCAUUAGCUAUAGUUUGCCUCAUUGUAUUACAGUAUGUGUAUGUCUCUGUAUUACUGCAUCAAUAAUAUCUGACAUUAAUCUGCA